AUGCUGAUGCCAGCACAUGUUCUGCUGCUCCUUCUACUGCUCCUUGGAGACCCAAGAACAGGCCUCUCCCACAAGUUCUACAAAGCUGGGCCUGUCUUCAGCUGCCUUAACACAGCCCUGUCCAAGGUUAAGAAGAACCAGAUGGAGGAUUUGCCCCUUCUAAUGAAGAAGAGCUUCCACUACUUUCCCAGUCAAGACCUGUCUUCCAGAGAGCAGAAAGAGGAGGAAGAAGAAAAUCUUGACAAGAACAAAAGGACUUUCUCUGGCUCUGGGGGUGGAGGUGGAGCUGGAAGCACCCGGUAUAAGUACCUAUUCCAAUCACAGCACAAGGGGAAGCUGUACCAGGACAAGGGCAAAAGUGACCAACGCUCCAAGUUCACUCUGUCUCUCGAUGUUCCCACUAACAUCAUGAACAUCCUCUUUGACAUUGCCAAGGCCAAGAACUUGCGAGCCAAGGCAGCUGCCAAUGCUAACCUGAUGGCCCAGAUUGGGUGA